CCCAUCUCCAUCCAACGGCUGCCCCGUUUGAGUGCAGCAAACCAUCAUCACCAUGACCAGUGACGACCAGUUCUUUUUCGACUAUCUGGCAUCGAUACCGCAUGACGUAAGGCGAUAUUCUCAUCAGGUCGCCGAUUCUAUCGAUCGUCAAGUCGACCACGCCGCAAACGCAAUUCGUGAUACCCUCUCCAAUCAGACAUGGCUGCCUCCUACGGUCCGCCCUUCACCCAAGUACCGACCAAACCCGGUCAUAUCACAGUCUUUGGUUGAUCGCGUGCAUGGUUGGGUUUUGCAUAACCGAGCAUGGAGCGCGGCGAUCCUCGCUUUCGUUGGAACCACCUGCGUCCUAUAUUAUGGUAACAAAAAGUUUAAUGGGAAACGGCGGCGAGCAAGGAGGGCCGGGAAUGGCGCCCGCAAGGAGAUCGUGGUUAUCGCGGGAUCGGCGCACGAACCGAUGACUCGAGCGAUCGCAUCUGAUCUUGAGCGUCGGGGAUACAUCGUCUAUGUUACAGUCUCGUCCAGCGACGAAGAACAGAUCAUCCGAAGUGAAAGUCGUGAAGACAUCCGGUCCCUCUGGCUUGACCUCUCCACCACAUCCCCCAACCCGUCUGGAAUCCACCCCUCCCUCAGCGAAAUUCACACUCUCAUCACCCAACCACAAUCUCCCAUCGCCGGCCUCCAGCCUCACACCUGCCAGCUGAGCGGGCUCAUCCUAGUCCCCUCGCCCAACUACACCAGCGGCCCCGUCGCGACAAUCCCGCCGUCAACCUGGAUCGACACAAUUAACACGCGCCUUCUCUCCCCUAUCCUCACCACACAACUAUUCCUCCCCCUCCUCCAUGUCCGCAACAAUCACAGCACCAUCAUUGUCGCCUACCCCACAAUCUCCUCGUCUCUCUCCGCGCCCUUCAGCGGGCCGGAAGUCGCGACCAUCCGCGCGCUGUCCGGGUUCGCCACCUCCCUCCGCCGCGAGUUGACAUCCAAUUCGAACCUCCACGUUGUCGAGCUGAAGCUCGGCAACAUCGACCUCGGACCAUCGUACCGGACCCUGCAGGGCCACAUCGCCGGCACGGAGGUGCUGGGCUGGAGCGUCCAGCAGCGCUCGCUGUAUGCAUCGCAGUACUUGAAUAGCAUUGAGGCGCGGCCCGCCGCGUCGGCAGGCCCGAGUCUCAUCCGAGGAUCUUCUGCACGCACCCUGCAUUACGCUGUGCAGGAUGCGUUGGAGGCGCCGGCCAAGAAUGUGUUCGGCCGGCGCGGCAGCAAGAAGGCCGUCAUGUAUGUCGGACGGGGCGCAAGGACGUACAGCAUAAUCGGGGACUGGGUACCCGCAGGAUUGGUGGGUUGGAUGUUGGGAUUGCGGUCGUCGUCGUCGUCGCAGCAGCAGCAACAGCAGCAGCAGCUCCAUCACCACUUUCAACCGCAGCAGACGACUUCCUCAUCGUCGCCACGGGAAAGUUCGACCAGCGCGGGGAGUAGCAGUGAGACGAGCAGCUGGGAGCGGCUUUGAUAAACUGCCGACAUCCCGUGAAUUUCGCUAAAUUUAUAAAUUAGGGUAUACCUUUUCCCCCAAUACCCAGCCUCACCUUGGCUAUCGCUGUGAGCUUUUUCUUGGAUCUAAUACCAUUCUCAUCUCAUCUCAUCAUAUCAGAUCAUAUCCCGCAAGUAUGCAUUAUAAUGAAGCUAUGAAUGUUACCCGAAACCACAGAAACCAUAGUUCUCUGAUCA